CAGCGCGUCUCGUACGUCUCGUUCGUCUCGUUCUUGUACGCUCGCUCGCUCGCUCGCCCACUGCCUCACUCACUCGUCACCUCGAAAUCAAAGAGUCGUUUGAAAUCCUGAAAUUAAAAUUGAAGCUCGAAGAACCAUCCAGACUCUAGAUCGAUUCGUUUCAAUCUGGGGAAAGGACCCAUUGAUCAUGUCCGGUCACGAGUUGCUCACAUUCCUAGUUUCGGGUUAUUCCGUGGGCUUUGCCCUGGUCAACCUUCAUCUGGCUACCAAGAAACUCCAGACCGCCCCCCAGUCGCCGGUGGAAGGCGAUGAGAACCUGACCUUCAGCGUCUAUGACGCCAAUUCAUCGACGGUUUUUGCCAUCCAUGAAGUGGACCAACAUCCGGAAACGAAUGGAUCCGAUGGGGCCCUAUCGGCUUGGCAAUGGAAACCCGAGGAGUCGAGCCUUACCCGUCAACAGAUCGUCUCGUCCCAAGGACAAGGUCCGGCUCAUGUGGCCCAAAAUCCCACCAAUGGACAGCUCUGGGUCAGUAACUACGGGGCGGGCACGUUAGCCGUUUAUUCGACACGCCAGGGUCAAAUUAAGGAUCUACUUCUGCAUGUCAAAGUACCGCAAGGCAGUCAGGUCAAUUCGGAUCGGCAAAUGGCGGCCCACAUUCAUGGAGCUUUUUUCUUUCGCGAAUUUGCUUACGUGGUGGACUUGGGCAGCGAUGCGAUCUACACCUACCGAAUGACGGGCCCCGAUGCCGUCCAGGAGGUGGACCGAGUGGGUUACUCUAGCCAGCCCGGAUCGGGACCGCGACAUUUGGCGAUUGACGAGGCCCACGAGCGAGCCUAUUUAUUAAAUGAAUUGAAGAAUACCGUUGAAGUGUUAAGCAUCAAUACCACUUCGGGCGGGCUAAGCCGCUUGGCUAUCGUCAACUACCAAAUUCCGAAUGCGACCCAGGGUGUUCAACAAUACGGAGCUGGUAUCCACGUUCAUCCAAACGGGAAGUUUCUUUACCUGAGCAAUCGUGGCGACGGGGCUAUCGUGGUCUACUCGAUUCAACCCGCCGCAAAGAAUUACCUGAAGUUGGAGCAGACCUUCAAGACCCAAGGCACUUGGCCGCGUUCCUUCACCAUCACCCAGGACGGCCAUUUCAUGCUGGUGCCUGACCAAUUCCUGGACGUCAUUGAACUAUUGUCCGUGGAUCCCGCCUCAGGUCAAUUGUCCUUGUUGGACUCGAUGCCCACGAUCAAAGCUCCGGCCAUUGUUACCCAACUCAACUAACAGACAUCCAAGUGAGCCACUCACAACUAAUCCACCAGGCCGGUUGUUUUGCGUGUUAGUAGAUAGUCAACAAAAUGGUUUGAGUGUUCUAAAUUAAAGAUGGCAUUCCGA